ACAAACCCUAAAUCCCCAAUCGACCGUCUGAUCUCUUCUCUUCCCCGCCCCCCACGCCACAGCCGCCGCCAGUGACAAAUUCCCCGCCGCCCCGAUCUGGUCUCGCCGCCGUCGAUUCGGCCCCGCUCGAUUCCACCUCUUUCUCUCGGCGUCGGAGGAGGAGGAGGCUUUCUCUCGGCGUCUGAGGAGGAGGAGGAGGCUUUCUCUCGGCGUCUGAGGAGGAGGAGGCUUUCUCUCGGCGUCGGAGGAUGGUGGUCUGAUGGGCGGAGGCGGCGGGGCGUCGAUGUUGGAUGAGGACGCGCGCGGGAUCUGAUCGCAAGCAGCCGCCCAUGCCAGCCGUUGGGGCGCGCCGCUCCACGCGAGUCUUCGUGCCCCCCAAGACCAAUCCACGGCCCCAGUCCGCUGAGAGGCUCCGCCGCUCCGGCAAGCGCCUCGCCUUCUCCAACUCCAACUCCAACUCCGACAACACCCACUCCCACUGGCUCAGAUGGGAGCCAAACACCAACGCCCAACAAGCCGAUGAGCAGGACAACCAGCCCAAGCCGCAGCCCCCACCCGUACCGCCGCCUCCGCCCCCGCCCCCGCCCGAGAGGGCCUUCCGGGCCGUCUACAAGCGGAAGCGCCGCCAGAGCCUCCCUGACGAGGGCGGCACCAGCUUAGACAGGAGGUUCGGGAUUGUCUUCACCAGGAAGAACAAGCGACCCAAGGUCGCUCCUUUCCACGGCCGCGCCAGCACUGGCCUCUCCGCCGCGAUUCCGUGCUCCUCCUCCAGGGACUUCUUGUCAAGAAUCGGCUUUUUGGAUACUCAUUUGUUGACACUCGGGGAUGGUGUUGCCACUCAUACCGGGGUGCUCGUUGCCCUCGUUGACACCUCUUUCCCGGGGAGCUCGCCUGAGUUCCUGCGAUUUCUGCUUCCCAUGAUGCGGUGGAUGCGCCGGAGCCAGUGGAGUAGGGUCAGGAACCUCGCCUCCUUUUUUCUUCUCUCAUCAACGGCUCUUGUCACCAUGUUUGCGUCACAGGGUCUGCACUUUGUCAGGCUCCAGCGCCCCAUAGCUGUCCGUGCAUUGUUACAGAGGACUAUGCUGCAUUGCGGGUGGUGCGAGCUCCGUGGCGCAAACCGAUUGCAGCAGCCGGUGCUGUCAGUCAAUUUCUCCGCGCUCCCUUCCUACUUCCAGGGCUUGCAUUCCGUCAUAGCCCUUCACUCCAUUUAUCUGCCCGCCGUCAUUCGGCGGGCCAUGGGCUUCGUUAGCGAAGCUCAAGAAACAUAUCCUCGGGCUCAUUUAGAGGCAGAUUCUGGGUCUCCAAGCCCAGUUGGGGAUGCUGCUGAACCUCGCAGAUUGGUCCAGGAUUAUGUGCCUCUGGAACAGGCUGCAGGAGUGGUGGUGCACGGCCUGAGGCUAAAGAAGCACCAAAGGAAGAGGAGCUCGAUGAGGCAUCCCCUGAGCCGGCGCCGUCUUGUAGCAAGGUUUCCUGCCAAGGCAAUUGCAGUGAAGCAGGGCACCAUGGCCUCUCAGACGGUACUGAAACCAGCCUUGACUGAGCAGAAGGUUUCCGAGGAACCCGUCCAGCCCAAACCAGCGUUAGAGAUUUCUCUUGACUUGCUUGAGAACAUGGAUGACAGUGAUGUCUCAACGCCUAUCGGACCAAACGGGAUGCACAAGAGGUGUUCUUUCAAAAGCCCCACGAUUGAGCGCACCAAUGGAAGGCUGGCACUAUCUGAGGUUAGACAAAAUAUAGAUACGUUCCAGUGCAAAGCCAAUCUCUUGAUUAUUCAAGCUGACAGGGGCUGGAGGGAAGAGGGAGCUCUAGUCAUGCUGGAACUAUCAAACUCCAAUGGAUGGUGUGUGGCUGUAAAGCUACAUGACGUCACUAGAGUCUCUCUCAAGCCUUCAGAGCAAAGGUUCUAUGUUGUGAACCGUGUAACCGGUGCCUAUGUUUGGCAAGUCGAAGAUGGAUGGAAACUUGAGUUCCCUGAUAAGUGGGACUGGCUUCUGUUCAAAGAACUGCACAUCGAGGGCAGGGAGCGCAAUUCUCAGGGAAGGACCAUCCCGAUUCCCGGUGUAAAUGAGGUUUCUGAUGACAUGGGAGGGACUGUAAAAGUUCCUUUCUCUCGCCCUGAGCCAGACUAUAUCAAAAUGGCGGACGAUGAAGUCGCGCGCGCUCUCUCUCGAGAUUCAGCUUAUGACAUGGACUCAGAGGACGAGCAGUGGCUCAUCCAGCUGAAGCAUGGAGCUUCUGAUAGAAGAAGCACCCGCCAGAACAAUGUCUCUUUUGAGGAUUUCGAGAGAAUAAUAACCCUGUUUGAAAAGGACGCCUACAGUAAUCCGGAGGAAGCUAAUGAUGUGGAUCAGCUCCUUUCCAGAUACCCGGCUUUAGGGAAGGGUGACAAUGUCCUUGCCAUAUACCAAUAUUGGAUAAAUAAGAGAUAUAAGAAAGGCACACCACUACUGAAGAUAUUUCAGGGUGCACCCGUAAGGCGGGGACGGCUAUUGCAGAAAUCUUCUGUCAAGAAGAAGAGAUCUUUCAAGAGGCAACGAAGCCAAACUGGCCGAGGGAAGCCUGGAUUCUUCUUGCAAGACAAUGCAGAAGAGGAGUCAGCCCUGCAGAGAGUCGUGGACGCCGAACGCGCCGCAAAGCAGGCCACGGAGAAGGCAGUCCAGCUGCGCACGAGAGCCCAGGCCCUGAUGGGGAAGGCCAACCUGGCGGCGUACAAGUCGGUGAUGGCCCUCCGGAUCGCCGAGGCAGCAAGCGUGUCCGCCUCGUACCGGGAUCAUGUCUGCAAGGCCCUCCUUGACUAGCAAGUUUUUUGCUCCUUGUCUCGCCCCGCAGCCAUUGCAUUGCCUUGUCGAUUGAGGCUGUCUUUUUUUGCCUCCUCUCUGGUUGUAACUAUGCCGCUGUGAAAAAGCAGAUGUCGAGGCGGAUGAAUGAUUGAGAAACAAGUGUAAUUUUUUCAUGUGUAUAAAUGAUAGUUGUUGGUUAGGUAGAUGAUGGGGGGUGAUUCUGACAUUCUGUACGUUACAACAUGUGUACCCCAUGGGUCGAAAGAGAAAAAAAGAAGAGAGGCGGUAUUGCUUGAGGAAA